AUGAGUAUUCUUAAAUUUUCUUUAAUCCCAUUGUUUUAUAAUAAGGACAACUUUUUUCAAAUAACAAAAUAUAUACAGUCGUUUAAGGAUCCCUUUAUAUUUUUUUUCUUGUGUAUAUUUUUCUUCAUUUUGUGUACCUUGAUUACAUAUAUAUAUUGUUUUUUCAAGAGUUACGAUUUAAAUAAGAAUGUAAACAAAAAGAAAUAA